AUGAUACUGCCGUACAUCCUUGUUCAUGAAGAGCGAGUGCUCAACGAGCUCGUCGUCCUUGUGCUGGGUGAUUUCGUACACUUGUUGCUACCCUCAAAAGCGAUUCCAGCUCCGGAAGACUUCACAUACCUCUCCGCAAGCAACCCGGAGGAGCCGCAGCCCUUGCCGUCCCUAGGGGACCCUGCCAGCGUGCAACUAUCGGUCAUCGUACCUGCAUAUGAUGAAACAGCUCGUCUCAAGCCCAUGAUUGACUCUACGCUCGAGCACCUUCGUUCUCUCAAACCACGCCGUUCGUUUGAAAUUAUCAUCGUGGAUGACGGUUCCAAAGAUGACACGUCAGGACUCGCGCUUAAACUCUCCAAGUCACAUGCAAAGACAGGCACCAAAGACGAGAUUCGUGUGGUGAGACUGAAAACGAAUAGGGGUAAGGGAGGUGCGGUCAAGCAUGGGUUUAUGCAUGCACGAGGGGAGAGGAUAUUGUUUGUCGAUGCAGAUAAUGCGACCCGGUUCUCGGAUUUGGAGGUGCUUUGGUCCAAGAUGAACGAAAUGGAAAAGGAGGGGGAGCCAGUCAUUGCCAUUGGAAGUCGGGCACAUUUGGUAAACAGUGAAGCUGUUGUCAAGCUGUUUAACCGUGCAGCCGCUCAGCAAGUGUUUCCACCCCUGCACUUGCCCACCUGGAUUUUUGACGUCGAGUUGUUGGUGAUUGCGCAAUACCUGAGCAUCCCCGUGAUGGAGCUUCCGGUGCACUGGCAGGAGAUUCCAGGAAGCAAGCUGAACAUUGCCGGGGCGUCGCUUGAGAUGCUGCGAGACCUGGGUGUUAUGACCAAGGAUAACCAAGGUUCACAGAGGUACACCUCUCUGUACAACCCCCUUUUGUUCUCCCCGUCGGAACCCCCUGCCGCGUCGUUCCCAGGGCUAUGGGCAAAAACCACCGUCGACGGCCCGUGUUUUCACGCUACACAACCAUUCCUCCACACUUUCAUCUCAUCCGCACAACAACGUUCUCUCCCCCGCAGAGUUCGUUGCAUGGCCCAGUACACUCCCUCGGCCAUAAAACCAAUCGCUGGGGCCCUGCCAGACGAUGUGGAAGGAGGAAGACGUCUGGAGGUCAUGGAGGUCCAUGACUCGCGCCAAAUACGAGAUUGCAAACGGCAUGCGUCUCGAAAACGCUUCCUGGCGGACAUGGUGGAAGCAGAGAAACAAACUAAAGACCAUCUCUCCCGAAACCCUCAACUGCCAACAGCACUGUCGGACACUUUUAUUCUUAUUCCUCCCUUUUUCAUCUCCUUCACUGUCCUCCCUGUCCGUCUGCGUGUUUGUCACGGUCAUGAGCCGGUCGUACGGACCAUCAUGCUCAAGGACAGCGACGUGACAUGGCUAUAUGGCCCGCUACAUCAAGCUCCCGCUGUUCCUCCUACAAAGACCGCCUCUGCCGCGGAGAAAUUGGGCAUUGACAUGCCAAAGCCCAAGUCGAACGUCAAGCAGGACAUAUCCCCUUCCCGAUCUUCUCAAGCCACACCUGCCUCAAAGCCUAUUCUCAAGAAAAGGUCCAUUACCGACAUCCUCGCCAUGGCAAUUAUCCCGCCACGCGCUCCCCAACACUCGAGUUCCCCAAUCUACGAGGCGGUAUCAGAGCAGAUUGAGGAAAGCGCCGACGCAAAAGAAGAGCUGGUCCUCGAAUCAGAACCAUCGACGCUUCCUCCGGCCGCAGGCGUCCUGCAAGCUCCUUCUCGCCCUCCUCUGUGGCAUACAAAGUCGGAUUCCAUUCUCGCCCGUCAACCCAUGUCCUCUACGCUUUCCACCAGCCCAGCGAGCAUUCACGGUCUCAGCCCACCCAGAGAUAACAGCACCGAUCUACUGUCCAAGUCUACCUCCCUCAGUCCUCCCGAACGCAGCGAUCAUCACCCUCAACGGCGUGGUCAACGAUCCGACUCUUCAUCCUCGUACCAAGUCUCUGACGAUUCUACCAACAAUGGGGCGACGACCAAGCCGAGGCGCCACAUCAGUUUCAACUCGUUUGUCGAGCAGCGCAUCGUGGUCGAUCCCGUCUCAACUCGGCUGUCGACUGUAUAUGCACGUUCUUCGUCCGAGUCGGGUUCGGAUGAUGAGGACGACGAAGAGACGGUGCUGCAAAUGCGUUCUUCCUCAGGUUCCAGCUUGUCUUCCAGUCGAAGAGGAUCCUCCAACAGCAGGGCUUCCUUCUCCGACCCAAACACACCUCCGACCGCUCGAGCGACUCAAAUGACCAUGAUCACGGCGCCCAUCGCUCCCACUCUGCUCAAGGGCAAUGAUGAGCUUCCUGCACCCAGUCCCGCCGUUGUGUUUGUGGCUCCCAGUGGGGUUGAUGAGGAAGCGCUACGAUAUGAAGUUCAUUUCGCUUCCCGACCCCAUUUCGCGGUCCCUGCUGAUCGACGGAGGGCAGGCAGUCAAGAGGAUUGGGUGGAAGAGUCUGGGAAUUGGUAUGAUCAGGGCGAAGUGGUUGAUUAUUUCUCGGGCGUGCCGUUGAAUGGCGAGGUAGAGGUGGUCCCCCACGAGCAGCCCCCACGAGAAUCCAUCUACACAGAAGAGGACGAGGAUGCCAUCACCGUUCGAACGCGUAAAGUUGGAGGCAUCCGUUCACCACGGGGAAGUGGGUUCAGCCGGCAAGAGGGUUCGUCGUCGAAAUGGGUGGAUGGCGAAGAUGUGACGACGAGUCCCACCUCUCCCCAGUCCCCCUCUUCUUCGCAACCUGUCCCGCGCAAGAGUGCGUUCUCCAAGAAAUAUAGGGACAGUGUGAUGAAUACGUCGGUCUCGCCACCGUUUGUGAGCCAUCGAGAAGUCGUGGCCUCGCGCGACGACGAUCACAGUCUCUCACCGACGAAAUCGAGGCCACUCGGUGUUCCCCGAAGAGUUGUAUCCAAUUCGGACGCUCCACCGGGCUCUGGAUGGUCAAAGGAUGAGGGUGUGGUGAUCGGUUCUGGCCCUCCAUCAAGUCUCUUAUCAGCUUCGAUAUCUUCGGCGCGCUCCUCUUCGACUUCUACCGGCGCUAACAGUAAUAAUGCUACUGGAGGUUUGGUGACAGCGGCGGGCGCGAGAAGCGGCUCGAAUAGAAACCGCCCCCGAGGUGCUUCGUUUGAGGGUGUCGAUAUGGUCGGGCAUACAUCGGCGCUGUCGGGCCGCUCCGGCUCGUCCAGAUAUGGAUCUGCUAGUGGUAAUGGUGGUGGACUCGUCAGGAGCCAUUCGGCAGCCCAGGUCUCGGGGUCGAGAGAUUUUGAUAUGGAGGAGGUGGGUCGUGGACGGUCACCACGGGUGGUUAGUGAUGAAGACCGACCGCGUCGUGGACGAUCGUUGUUGAGGACGGCUUCAUCUUCUAGUAUAUCGGAGCGAGAGCGGAGUAGCACGACGAGCAGUUCAAGCCCCAUUGGCAGCUUAUCGCCCCAUUCAUCGUCGUCUGUGGGUAUUGUUGGAGGGUAUAUUCCAUCCAGUGGUGGCUCUGUCAUCAUUGCACCCUCUGGUUCGGUGAGGAACGGAAGUUCGUUGCGGUAUGAAGCAGAUUCUUCCCUAUGGAGUCUGGAUGCCCGAACGGGCAGGAAUGCAGCGGUUGUGCAAGAAGAGGAGAAGGUGGAUGGGGGGGACCUAGCUCAGAUUGUCAAUACGACCCCCAAGGCUACUAGUACACCUGGGUUGGUUCGAACGUCUAGUUCUAGCAAUAUCCCUGCUCAGACGAGCCUACAGAAUUCCACUCAGCAACCGAGACUGAGCACUGGCCUCAAACGCUCGAGUUCUUCGACCAACAUAGUCGGUGGCAGUAGCAGUAACAGCAAGCCCUCGGGUCUUCAACGGACUGGGUCCUCUUCCAACAUUGCUGGCCAAUUGUCGUCUCCAGUUCCUCUUCAGCGUUCCAGUUCUUCCUCCAACAUUGCAGCUAGCAACAAGACAACGCCAGUGCAACAACAACAGCCUCACCUCGAACUCGUUACUUCUCCGACCAAGAAUGCAGUCCCCAGCCUCGUUGUUCAACCACCGUCGGCCAAGCCCUCAUCCAAGCAGUCGUCCGCGAGCGACCUGAGAGAUAAGCAAAACAAUGACAGUUUUGCGAGUCUCUCUGGUUCAGAAUCUACCGGCUCUUUUUGGAGGAACGGCGAAUUGGAAUCACCCGCGACUCCACCUUCUCCGGCCGACAAGGCGCACCGCUCACCAGCGAUUGAUGAAUCGGGCACCACUUCCUUGCAUCGUGACUUGUUACUUGCAAAAACUUCUCUCAAGCCUCGCACAUCCGGCACGUCUUUGGCAUCCAGUACCUCGAAUGGAUCCAAUUCUUCGAGUGCUACUGUCGUCCCUCAACCUGCAUCUGCAUCUCAGUCCGCCUCUAAAUCUCGCUCGUCCAAUCUUGCAUCCGCUUCCUCGUCGCUGUCUUCGAACGCAUCUGCUUCGCCUUCUACGCCUUCCAGCCAUCGUCGUGUCAGCUCGAAAUCCUCGGUGACGACUGGACCGACUACCCCUCCACCUACCAUCCGUACUGGCAAUGUCCCGUCGAUUGCCACGAGUCAUGUCACUCCUGCUGUGGCGACGCGAUCUGAACUUGGGUCACCGGGGGCUUCUGCGUCUGAAAAGCACCUCCGACGGCUGAGUGCGGGUGUGACUUCGCCUGUGGAAGAUAAAUCCCCCACCAUGAACUCUGCUUCUCCAGUCUCUCCGGGAUCUGUUAUUUCCACUGCCUUGGGGAAUGCAAAGGGCUUUUUUGACGCCUUGUGGAAGCAUAAUGAUCAUCCCGCCUAA